AUGGACUAUUUUGAUGAAAAACCUGAAAAAAUAUUUGCGAAUCAAUAUUCAGAACAACAGAUACUUGCAUCUGGCAAUGCAAGUCAGAACAUUGAUUCCAUAAACAGCCGUUGUACAGCUCUUGAAAACAUCAAAAUGAUGACUCAAAAGGAACUCCCAAAGAAAAACGCCAAGAUACAGGGGAUAGAAAAAUUAUUAAUGAGCCUCGACUCAGAAAGUGAUACACAAGUGAUUAAUACCAACCAAAAUUUAGAUAAAAAACAAGUUGAGGAAGAACUUGUGGGACGGUAUAGUAUCAGAGAACGAAAAGAAACCAACUCAACUAUACCGAUGUUUCAGGCUCAGACAUAG